CAGAAGAAACGCGCGCGUAGAGACACUUCGUAGCAGUUUAUGAGCCGUCGUGCGCGUUUUUUGCCGUUCAUUUUGAAACAAAGUUUAAUCCGAGAAAAGGUGCGGUUCCUGAUCUGAUUUUAGAUAUCAAGAGCAUCACAGAGGCGCGCUAACUUAGUUAGUUGUGUAUUUAAGUAUUAGUUUGCGUUGUGUAACCUUUUUUCUUUAAACAAACAACCACGAAGAUGUUUGAGGCCCGGCUGGUUCAAGGCUCCAUCCUGAAGAAGGUGCUGGAAGCUCUGAAGGAUCUGAUCACCGAGGCGUGCUGGGAUGUGAGCUCGUCGGGAAUCUCUCUGCAGAGCAUGGACUCGUCUCAUGUGUCCCUGGUGCAGCUCACGCUGCGCAGCGACGGCUUCGACUCGUACCGCUGCGACAGGAACCUCGCCAUGGGAGUCAACCUCAGCAGUAUGUCCAAGAUCCUCAAGUGUGCUGGGAAUGAGGACAUCAUUACACUGAGAGCGGAGGACAAUGCAGACUCUCUGGCUCUGGUUUUCGAGACUCUCAAUCAGGAGAAAGUCUCCGAUUAUGAGAUGAAGUUGAUGGACUUGGACGUGGAGCAGCUUGGAAUUCCAGAGCAGGAGUACAGCUGUGUAGUGAAGAUGCCCUCUGGUGAAUUUGCCCGGAUUUGCCGGGAUCUGUCCCAGAUCGGAGACGCUGUGAUGAUCUCCUGCGCUAAAGACGGCGUGAAGUUCUCUGCCAGCGGUGAACUGGGAACCGGAAACAUCAAACUGUCCCAAACCAGCAAUGUGGACAAAGAGGACGAGGCUGUGACGAUCGAGAUGAAUGAACCUGUCCAGCUCAUUUUUGCUCUGAACUACUUGAACUUCUUCACCAAGGCCACUCCUCUAUCCAAGACGGUCACUCUCAGCAUGUCUGCAGAUAUUCCACUUGUGGUGGAGUACAAGAUUGCAGAUAUGGGUCACAUCAAGUACUACCUGGCUCCUAAAAUCGAUGAGGAGUCAUCCUGAAUUCUCACAUCAUCCACUUCAGCCCCAACUAUACCUGUAUAACUGGUACAUAUUGGCAGUUCCUUGGUUCACAGAUCAGGGGACAGACACAACAGACUGUCAACACUGAAGGUCACAUCCAAGUGUGAAUUUUCAGUCGUGGUUUAUUUUUUUUUAUUGUUUUUGCCCCCAUUUUUCUUUUUGAUUCCUACUCCGGUCUGCCUCUUUAAGCACUAGGAGUUUGGCCAUCUUCAUUCCAAUACUUUGUAGAUAAAAAAAAAUAUCUGUAAAUAUUCCAAUUUGGUCUUCCUUAUGUUACCCACUAAUAAACAUUUUGUAAUGUG